AUGGACCAAGAGUUUAACGCCCUACUUCACAACAUCACGUGGCAGCUAAUUCCUACUAAACCCCAUAUGAACAUCAUCGGUUGCAAGUGGGUUUAUCGCACCAAGCGCAAAGCUGAUGGAUCAGUUGAGUGCUAUAAAGCACGAUUGGUUGCCAAAGGGUUCAACCAAGUGGCUGUGUCAAACAAUUGGACCCUCAGACAACUGGACGUCCACAACGCCUUCCUGAAUGGCCACCUGUCUGAAACUGUCUAUAUGAAGCAGCCGCCCGGCUAUGAAGAUCCAGCCCAUCCAGGGGUUCUUGCCUCCAAAACUGAUGUGUCACUUUUUCACUACACCGCCGGGACGUCACGGGUUUUCUUACUAGUUUAUGUCGACGACAUCAUCAUGAUGGGCAAAGACUCAUCCCUAAUUAAUACCUUGCUACAACGGCUCUCCACGACCUUCAAAAUCAGGGAUCUUGGCACUCCGAGUUUCUUCCUAGGCAUUGAAAUUGUCAAGGUCGGCACUGGGAUCCUGCUAUCACAACGUCGCUACAUGAAAGAUAUACUGGCUCUGGCUGGUAUGACCGACUGCAAACCUCUAGCAACACCAGUUGCCGUCACUCAACCAGUUACACCCUCGGCUCAGCCUUUUGACAACCCGACUCAGUAUCGACGAAUUGUGGGUGCUUUACAAUACUUGACUAUCACCCGGCCGGAUCUGUCCUAUGCAGUGAGUCGGUUGUGUCAGUUCAUGCACACCCCAACGGAGGAUCACUGGGCUCUCCUCAAGCGGGUUCUACGUUAUGUUAAAGGUACGCAAGACCAUGGUUUGCGCCUGUCUGCUUCAUCCUCUUCUGACAUUCAUGUUUUUUCCGACUCCGAUUGGGCAGGUUGUCCGGUAGACAGGAAAUCCCCUACAAGUGGGUACGCAGUGUUUCUGGGAACCAAUCUAAUAUCCUGGCUCUCCUGCAAGCAGCGCACGAUGGCUCGCUCAUCGACUGAAGCAGAGUACAAGGGCCUAGCCGAUGUAGCAGCCGAGGUCACAUGGGUAAUCUCACUUCUUCGUGAGCUCGGCCUUCACUCUGGUAAUCCGGCAACUUUGCGGUGUGACAACCUGGGAGCUACUUAUCUAGCUUCUAAUCCGGUCAUCCACGCCCGAACGAAGCAUGUUUAG